GAAUACCAGAAGGACUUUCCAGAUAUUCCCAUUGGGUAUUCAGGCCAUGAGUCUGGAGUCAGUAUAACAGUGGCGGCUGUGGCUCUGGGAGCAAAGGUUGUUGAGCGCCACAUAACCUUGGACAAGACGUGGAAAGGAAGUGACCAUGAAGCAUCACUUGAGCCCGCUGAACUUGCUGAGCUGGUUCGCUCUAUCCGACUGGUGGAGAGGGCACUGGGAAGCGGAAUCAAGCGGAUGUUACCCUGUGAGAAGCCGUGCCACGACAAGCUGGGUAAGUCAGUGGUAGCCAAAGUAAAGAUCCCCAAAGGAACAGUUCUGACUGAGGACAUGUUGACGGUGAAGGUGGCAGAGCCCAUGGGCGUUGUAGCUGAGGACAUUUUCCAGUUGGUCGGAAAGACCGUCAAAGAUGACGUGGAAGAGGACGACAGCAUCGUGCCUGAGGUCGUCGAUUGUUAUGCCAAGAAGGCAAAGUACUGAAAAUUGAAGGGAAGACCGAAGUCACUAGAGAAAGUGUAGUUGAUUCAUUGAAGGUUAGUUCUGAAGGUGCUUAAUCUGAAACGUGGAUGAGAGUAAGGGUUAUUUUUCUUGGUGUUGCUGAAAGGCAUGGGUGAUCAGUAAUUUGUUACAUAAUUGGACAGUUCAUCAGAUGGUUUUAAUG